AUUUCCAAUGAUUCAAAGGAAGUGUACACUUGGACAGAAGCACGAGAGGAAUGCAAAAAGCUCCACCCCAGUGCUGACCUCAUGGAAAUUCACGACGAAACGACACAAGAGCACCUGAAUGUUGCCAUAUCCCUGCUUUCUUGGCCAGUUUGGAUUGGACUCCGCAGAAGCAUCACUGGUAGCUUUGAACAACUAGACUCUUAUAGGUGGCUUUCCUCGGAUCGACCUCUCACCUACUCUAACUGGGCUACUCGGCAGAAUUCCAGCGAUUUGACGUCCUUAAGCGAACACCGAUGCGUAUACCUCUCCACGGCUAGUCUUCGAAUUGGUAACUGGGAACGCACUGACUGUUCCACAGCACGGAUGGGAUUUGGAUGUCAGGUUCCAUUGAGUACCUCAAAUGUUAUCGACUCGGCAAUACUUCGCAAAGCUGUGACGCCAAUUUGGGAUCAACCAGAAAACCCUCAAGGACAAAUCUGUUACUUGGGUACAUGCUACAGUCUUAUACAUGGCAUGACACACAGUGACUACUACGAGGAUGCAAAAUCGGGCUGUGGAAAGCAGGAGAUAGCUCUUCCACGAAAUCCUCUGGAGGUGUCCUUUUUGCGAACGCUUCUGCGCCACAGGACGAAUGCAACUCACGCCUGGGUGGGUAUUGAGGUGACCCACUCGAAAGAUAGUCUGGUGUUUCCAAGAAUUGCAGCUAUAACACCCUGGCUCACAACAGCCAUUCACCAAUCUCAAUCGGCCUUCAGCGAUGCUUAUUCAUCGAGUGAACCGGAAAAAAUCUGUUUCGUUCUAGAUGCGAUGGGGAAUACCUCGAGACCUCCUUUUGAUCGCGGGGCUUGCUAUGAAGACGAAGAAGACAGUUGGGAUGGAAAUAGAGAAAUUUAUUAUGACCAUAUGGAGGAAGAAGAAGACUUCCAUAAGAAAGUUGGAUUUUGCACCACUCCAAUGACUAGAACUGUUGGUGUCUGUCCUAAGACGAAUGGUCACGAUGCGGUUGUAGAUUGGGUGAUGUUUGGAGACAAAUGCUACGCUGUAAUGAGUGAUUGUAGUGGAGAAUCGGUUCUGGCAAGCGUGAAAUCACCGGACGUUGACAUGUUUAUUAAUUGGCUCCUUCCGGGUGACAUUGAGAAUGAUGAGAGUAUUCUCAUUGGAGGCAUUGUAAAUGAGACACAUCCACUGUCAAUCAAAUGGCAAGACGGAUCAAUAGGAGGGAAUUUUCAUCGUUUGAACCCGAGAUCUCUUCGUCUGGAUGGUUCGUUAAAUGGACUUUGUCUAGCGAUUGAGCCAAAGACUGGCUGGUGGAAAGCUGUGGACUGCGAGGGUCACGCAGCUCCUCGUUGGAGACUCUGUAGCGUUCCUGUUCAACCCAUCAAUCCUGAUUUGAAAACUCCACCUCCUGAGGCGACUAAAAAGAAGGUUUCAUGUCCUACCGAUUUCCUGGAGCUGAAGAACAGAGACGAAUUUGUGAGGUGUUAUAGUGUGCGCCAUGGGGGAUUGCGUUCCCACGGACAUGAUUGGCGAAUGGCGGAAAGAGCUUGCAGACGAAUUGUGUCAGUCUCGGGACAAACAAAUCGAUGGGAAGGCCAUUUGGCUAGUAUUGCAAAUGGGAUAGUAUUCGAAGAGAUCAUAAGCUUGUUACAUAAGAAUGGCUACAUUGCGGGUAUCUCGAAGAUUGGAAAUAAUUUACCUGUUCACAUGCUCAAGCCAUCUGAAUUAGUGUGGAUCGGGCUUUCGACAUCACAAAAUAAGCCCUUCUGGAACAAUUGGACAGAUGGAUCUCAAGGAGAUUCAGAAUUUUUUGAGAAUCGUAUUCGACAGGAGGAAUCCAUCUUCACAGAUACUAACAGCAAUUUCUUCGAGCAUGGGUCCUGCAUAGCUCUUCAUUUGCCUUCGGGAUCUUGGUAUGCUCUGAGGUGUACUCUGGAUUUGGGCUACCUUUGCCAGGCAACACCAACCUCCGAAAACCAAUCAGAUUCCUCUUCGACUGACCAUUUUGACAGCCCCAAGUGUUUACUUGCCUUCAGCGCUCAGCAAUUACCAUCGCCUGAAACGGGAUUCAUUCAAGAUCCAGAUGUCGAUUGUGGGUCAGAAGGGUUUACGUAUUUCAAUGGGCAGUGUUUUAGAGUGAUUGUUGAUAAGUUUAUGAGCUUUACUGAUGCCCAAUCGUACUGCCAUGAACUUGGUGCGCGGCACUCAAAGAAUGGUGAAGCUGGCUUGGCCGUAUAUCGAUCAGAAGCUGAUCAAGUUUUCGUGGCCAGUCAACUAUCAAAUUUGCCCAAAUUGCCACCCUCCCCGGCAACAUAUGGAAGAGGUUCCGGAAGUUACUCUCGUCUGGAAGUGAUAUGGAGACGAUAUCACUGGGUGGGAAUGUUCCUUUACCGGCAUGCUUUUCAUCAGGUUGAUGAGCGGGUUCCUUGCUAUAUAGCACAUGAACUAAAUCGACCUCUUUCUACGUCUGUCGAUGGACCCCUCUGUGUAUCAAUGAAGGGUGUUCCUGACACAGAGCACUUUGGGUCACUUUCGUUGGAUAUGGGAUGUGAGGAGCGUCUUCCAUUUGUGUGUUCCUUUGAACCGUCUCGUGAAUAUCAAAGGACUAAAGCGUCUUCUGCGGUUUGUCCAAGAGGAUAUGCUACCCAUCAUUCAGCUGCAGUUUGCAUCUCUGUAAUGGAAUUUUGUCCAAUGCAGGCGACCACUGCUAUCUAUUCAUGGCCAAUUACACUGGAACUUACGAGGAGGCUGAAUCAAUGUGUAAUCAGACAGCAGCCGGAGCUCGUUUGGCCGCCUUGUCGACACCCUAUACGGUUGCGUGGAUGCGAGCUCAUUUACCCUCUGAUCAUACCCAAACAGGCAAGUGCUCUUAUACUUCAUCGAGUGCAUGGAAGCUUGUUUGUCAAAAGAUGGAUAGUUUGCUUGGAAACUUUUAGGAAUGCUGCCCUGGGAAUCUAUUCCCCACUGGAUUGGUUUGAAAGUGCCAGCUCAUUCAAGGUCAACGUGGCGAUGGUCCAACGGGCUUCCGGUAACGCACACGCGUUGGUCCACCCCGCCCACCAGCGUUGUGGACUCCGACGAGGACACUUGUUUCGCUUUCUCAAAGGUUGUAACUUAUUCCUGCCUUCUUACCGCGUUCAUAUUGGCGUGAGGGUAUUGAAGUGUUUGAAACUUGCAUUUCAGUCCAUCUCAAUGACCAGUUACGAGUUGGAUAUGGUUGCUGUGAAUUGUACAAGGAGACUUUCGCCACUUUGUGAAACCGAUCCUCUCAAUCCAGUGGACAGACGUGGUGAAUAUUAUCGUGAACACAGCACUACAAGAGAUCAACGUGACUAUGUUGGGGACACUAUGUUUACCGAGUCUAAUAAAGCAUGUAUUCGAUGGGAUUUGAUCAAACCCACCAACAGAAGUGAAUUGGAAGCCUUGCAAUGCGCCUUCCACAAUGAGGUACUCUCAGCAGUUUCCGAAGUUCUCGAACCCAACCCGUACAUCCCGGUAAAUGUUGAAUCCCUAGCCUUCCAGCCAGUGUUAAGUGCAUCUUCAAACUGGUGCCGAAAUCCCAAUGGUCUUCGUGAUCGAGCGUUCUGUUAUACCUCCAUCGAUCAAUGGGAGUACUGUCAACUUCCAGAAAUGCUCCCAACGACACUUGUACCUCCUCGUUCCACUUUCCAUGACCUUUUGGAUGACUUACUCGCAAUAUCUGGUGCCAUAUUUAUCCCACUCUUUAUAGUAGGUCUUUGCCUUGGUUUGGCCAUUUGUUACUGCAGGAAGAGUCGUCGCUGUCGGAGUUCAAACCAUACUUUUCAAGAGAUGAUACUUCGACGCGUACCCUUUGCUUGGAGGUGGAGGCGAAGUGGUAGUCAACCCUGCCUACUAGCUGAGAGUGUCUCCUACAGUGUGGGUACUGCCAUGAUCUCAGAUAGUACCACUAAUUUGAUAACAUCUGAUCCGAAAGCUUGA